AUUUUUCUUUUCUUUCUUACAAAAGAAAAAUGGAUUUAUUACAGCUAAAAACAAAAAAACCCUUAAAUGCAAAUUAUUAUUUUCCCAGAUCUUAUGAUUUAAAAAUCUCCCUAAUCAGUAAUCACUAUGCCAUUUACAAAUUAAAGAUUUGAUGAGUGGCUAAUCCCCUCUGUAUCAUCACAUCCUCCUCCUACAAUUCUUCUCUCCUUGUGUAUUCAUAUUAUAUAAUUAAGUACUAUUUUAUAAUCAUCAUUAGCAAAUAUUCUUAUUGUCCCAUGACCAAAUAGACAAAUCUUUAAUCUUGAUUUCUUACCUUGUGGAAUUCACAUGGUGAAAAAUUCCAUUAUAGGAAGAAGGAGGAUUUGAUAACUUCAUAACAUCUUUUACUUUUCCUGUUACAAUAUUUUUUACCAUUUGAAUCUUAGUUUAUCUACAAAUAUAUUCACAUAUUAUGCCAUUAUUAUUAUUAUUAUUCUGAAUAUAAUAUCUGUUAUUUCAUUCUUCUGUUCUUGAUUCAUUAUUAUAUACCAUUAAGGAGUAGUGGGUGGAGAAGUAAAACUCUUGAAACAAAAAACACCAUAGCCCACAAAGUUUCAUGUCUGAUUUGAUUUUUUUGGGUCUUUUUUUUUUCCUUUGAUGUUCUUGAUCAUGUGAAAAAGAAAAAAGAAAAGCAAUAAAACCACUCUGGUAAUUUUAUUUUUUGAAAAAACGAGAGUAAUAUAACAUCUGCGUACACUUCAUCUUUUUCAUAUUUUAUUUCAGGUCUUAUACACGUCGUCUUUUUCAAAUCUUACUUUGAAAUUUAACAGUGUUGGAAGUUGUUGUUGAUAAAACAAGAGUGGUGGUAUUGAAAAAACAAAGAACAACGUGCUGUCAAAUUUCCAUAAAUCAAAGACGUGUUGAGCUGUUACCACAACAAACACUGCCAUUCUUUUUUUUCUCUUCCUCUUUAUACAUCUCUUUUUUUUUUUUUUUUCCUUUUUAGUACAAAUUGUUAAGCCCUUGCAAGCUGUAAUGUACUACUUUCUUCAACCAAAUCAUACCAUUAUAUUAUAGCUUUCCCCCUUUCUUCUUUCUCUCUCUACAUUCAAUUAUAGUACUGUUUUCCAAUUUUUUCAUAUUCCCUUUAUUAACCCCCCCCUCUCUCUCUCUCUGUCUGUGCCUGUUCUUAUCUCUUCUCUUUGUGGACUCUACAAUGAGUCCGUUAUAGUGUUUUGAGUUCAAGAAUUUCUUAAAACUCAAAUACCCUUUAGUUUUAUCCUUGUUGAAUUGCUCACAUUGUGUUUAUUUGAGCUGAAAUAGAGCUAAAGUUUGAAUCUUGGAAACUUUUUGUCUGUUUUUCUCAUCUGGUUCUGUUUCAAGAACUCAAAAAGUUUCAAUCUUAGACAACUUUUAGUGUGAUUUUACCAUUUGGGUGUGUUCAAAAACUCAAAAAGUUUGAAUCUUGGUAACUUUUGGUGUGAUUUUCCCAUUUGGGUCUGUUCAAGAACUGACAAAAGUUCCAAUCGUUUGAGCUGUUAAAGGUAAUUUUCCCAUCUGGUGUGUUUGAAUAACACAACAAUGGCACCAUCUUUUACCUGGUGGGGUAAAGAGACUCAUAGGGGUACACCAGUAGUAGUGAAAAUGGAGAAUCCAAACAACUGGUCUAUGGUUGAACUUGAAGGACCAUCUGAAGAUGAUUUCUUGUUACCAAACGAUGAUGUUUCUUCAAUGUCUCCUUAUAAACGUGAAAAAGUCCGAAACAAGAAUGCUAAACAGCUCACUUGGGUGCUUCUGCUUAAAGCUCAUAAAGCAGCUGGCUGUUUAACUUCCAUUGGAUCAGCAUUGUUAAGUCUUGCAUACGUAGUACGUCGUCGUGUUGCUUCAGGCAGAACUGAUUCUACUGAAAAUCCUCGUAUCAACAACCGGUUCUAUACUUGUAUAAAGUUCUUCCUUUGGUUGUCGGUUAUCUUGUUAGGGUUUGAAAUAGCUGCAUAUUUUAAAGGCUGGCAUUUCAGUGCUUCAGAUCUUCAUCUGCAGUAUUUGUAUUCAUUGGAUUUUCACACAUUUGCAAAUCCAUUUGCUGUGAGAAGUGUUUUCGAUUCGUUUUAUUCGAAAUGGGUGUUGAUUAGGGUGGAGUAUCUUGCUCCUCCUCUUCAAUUUUUAGCCAAUGCUUGCAUUAUCCUCUUCCUUAUCCAAAGUGUGGAUAGAUUAGUACUAUGUUUAGGGUGUUUUUGGGUCAAAAUGAGAAAGAUUAAGCCAAUUGUUAAGCAGGGUGGAGUGGAUCUGGAGUCUGGUGAUGGUAGUGGUUACUACCCUAUGGUACUAGUUCAGAUCCCUAUGUGUAAUGAAAAAGAGGUUUAUCAGCAAUCUAUUGGUGCUGUGUGUUGUUUGGAGUGGCCUAAAUCAAGAUUGUUGAUUCAAGUUCUUGAUGAUUCUGAUGAUCCAACUACUCAGACAUUGAUCAAUGAGGAGGUUCGCAAGUGGCAGAGGGAAGGUGCCAAUAUCAUAUAUAGGCAUAGAGUGAUCAGAGAAGGUUAUAAAGCUGGAAAUCUUAAGUCAGCCAUGAAUUGUAGCUAUGUCAAAGAUUAUGAGUUUGUUGCCAUUUUUGAUGCUGACUUUCAGCCCAUGCCUGAUUUUCUUAAAAGAACUGUUCCUUAUUUCAAGGAUAAUGAGGACAUAGGAUUGGUACAAGCAAGAUGGUCAUUUGUGAACAAGGAUGAAAAUCUACUUACAAGAUUGCAGCACAUUAAUUUGGCUUUUCAUUUUGAAGUGGAGCAGCAGGUGAAUGGUAUUUUUCUGAACUUCUUUGGCUUCAAUGGGACUGCUGGUGUGUGGAGGAUAAAGGCAUUGGAAGAAUCUGGUGGAUGGUUGGAAAGGACUACUGUUGAAGAUAUGGAUAUUGCAGUUAGAGCUCAUCUUCAUGGGUGGAAAUUCAUAUUUCUCAAUGAUGUAGAGUGUCAGUGUGAGUUACCGGAGUCAUAUGAAGCGUAUAGGAAGCAACAACAUAGAUGGCAUUCGGGGCCAAUGCAGUUGUUCCGUAUUUGUUUACCUGACAUCAUUAAAUCGAAGAUAAGCAUUUGGAAGAAGGGCAAUUUGAUAUUUCUCUUCUUCCUUUUGAGGAAGUUGAUAUUACCAUUUUAUUCGUUUACGCUGUUUUGCAUAAUCCUCCCAAUGACAAUGUUCAUUCCCGAGGCGACGCUCCCAUCAUGGGUUGUCUGUUACAUCCCUGCUGCCAUGUCAUUUCUCAAUAUACUUCCGGCACCUAAGUCUUUCCCAUUCAUCGUGCCAUACCUUCUGUUCGAGAACACCAUGUCCGUGACCAAGUUUAAUGCCAUGGUCUCAGGCCUCUUCCAACUCGGAAGUGCAUACGAAUGGGUAGUCACCAAGAAAUCAGGACGGUCUUCCGAGGGCGAUCUUGCCUCAUUGGCUGAUGAAAAACCGAAACUCCAUCGAGGUGUUUCGGAUGAUUGGGCAGUCACCAAGAAAUCAGGACGUUCCGGUGAUAUUGCCUUGUUGGCUGAAGGAAAACCAAAGCACCACCGAGGUGUUUCAGUGCCUGAUUUGGCCGAACUAAGGGAGGAAAUCAAGGAGAAGGAGAAAAAGGCAUCAAGAAAGAAGAAGCACAACAGAAUAUACACAAAAGAAUUGGCCUUAGCUUUCUUGCUGUUGACAGCUUCAGUUAGAAGCCUACUGUCAGCUCAAGGAAUCCACUUUUACUUCUUGCUGUUUCAAGGUAUAUCAUUCCUACUCGUUGGCCUAGACUUGAUCGGUGAGCAGGUCGAUUAAAAUAUUUCAUUAGCCUAGGGAUAAUAUUAGUUCAACCGAAAAAGUCAAGUUGGAAACUAGAUGCUGAACCUGACCUUUGGACCUUUGGUACAUUCAUGUAAAUGAGAAGAGAGCAAUGGGGGUAAAUCGCGGAGGGUUGAGUGCGCGCACUUCCAGCCUCUCCGCGGACUCUGAAACCCUUAAAGCUGUUUGCACUUUGACAAGAUGAAGAAAGUUACACUGGAGCAGAUAGUUUGAGCACACAAAUGCAGCAACAACAUCAUCUUUGAGUAGAGAAAACCAUUGAAAGCAUAUGGUGAAAUAGUGGUCAUUUUAAGCACUAUUUGUCAUGUAAUUUCUUUGUCUUCUGGAUUCUUUUUUUUUUUUUUUGGGCUAUAUUCUUUUGUAAGAAGAAUUUGUCUUUGAAAACAUUAAAACACGGAAUUUUAGUGGGAAGUUGAAAUAGUAUAGCAGCAUGCAGCUUUUUUACACAUAAAUCUUCCUUGUUUGGAGAAUUUUUCAUAUCAGAAGAUGCAAUAGGUGUUGCUACUGAUGGGUUUUUGCUCGACUAUUUGUAUAGUUUUUUUGGUUUUUGAAGGCGAGCCUUGGUGGUGUAACUGAUAAAGUUGUCGAAAUAGCCUUCUGAAGAAAUCAGAAAUGCAGGAUAAGAUUAUAUAUAUUAAGUUCUGGUCUAGCCA